UCCUGCGUGUGAGCCGUCUUCUUCGACCGGAUGCCAGCAGUGCGAGCUGUGCCAGACCACUGUGCCGCACCACUCCAUCCACCCCCACAGUGAUCAACGACCACAUCCAUUCUUUGAACGAACCUUCCACUUCACCUGCUCUUUCUCCGUCGCUCCUCCUCCCGCACUGCCGAAUCGCUGCUGUUUCACCACUCUCAACGACAUCCAUCCGAUACACGAUUCCUUCCUUCGCACCGCAGCGAGAGGCUUGUCCUCUGCGACCAUCUGCGGUGUCGCAUUGCACUUUGAUCAUCGCCCAGCAUGAUGGAUCCUUCACCGAGCCUUCCACAACGUAUGUCAGCGCUAUACCAAUACCACAAUGCUCCCGAAGUCGCACCCGCACAUGGUCUCGAAUACGACGACAAUGUAUAUCCCUCCUCCGACAAGUACCCAGUGCUUCGCGAAUCACCCGCCUCAGCGCAUGACAGAUACAAUCGACAUGCCUUUGACAAUGACAACCGACCGCCGCGCAUCAUUUUUGGAAUGAAGAUCAAGACUUUUCUGGUCGUAGCUGCGAUUAUGAUUCUCAUCGUGGUUGGUGCCGCAGUAGGAGGAGCAGUAGGCGGGAAACAACUACGAGACCAGCACGAGGCGGACAUGUUCAACAACGCAACUUCACCCUCUCGCCCUUCGACCGCCUCCGCCUCCUCAACCUACAACGCCCCAGUCCCGACCUACGAACCCCUCUCCGACUGUCCGGACUCCGACAACACCCUCUACACCUCCUCCUUCGCCCACAUCUCCGACACCUCCACCCUCACCACCUCCUCCAACACCUCGCACGCCUCCGCAGGCCUCUCCUUCACAAAACACUGCGCGCUCUCCAACCCCAUCACCGACAAAGCGAAACUCACCUCCGCUUUCGUCUACUCCUUCUCCGACUGCGUCGAAGUCUGCGCGGCGUACAAUUAUUGGGCGGAUUCGAGCGAGUGUUCCGUGGCGGUGUAUCAGAGCAAUGCGACGAGGCCGGCGAAUUGUUGGAUCGGGAAGAUUCCCGAGUUGAAGGCGAGUAGUUUAAAGCCGAAGGAUGGGAUUGAUGUGGCGACUUUGGAGGAGUGAGAGAACGAAGGAAAUGGUUUGGAUUUUCUUUGGGUAGCGCACUGCGAUGACGAGCGGGGCGUUGGGAUUUUUUUCUUGGAUCUUGGUCGAUGGUGCUGAUGAGAUGGAUGUGACUGGACGAGAGAAGCUUUCAUGAUGGAGAAUAGGAGAUGCUUCCACGAUCGAGGAAGAAAGGAGCUUCCAGAGUUUAAUUCGGGAAGAGAACGCCAAAGGACGAAGAUAUGGGGCAGCCACGCCUAUGAACAGAACAGGCAGAAGAGAUC